GCGCGCGGGGUGUGUGAGGACGCGCUCUCCGUCGCUGAGUGCCAGAGCUGGGGAGCAGUUGCUGUGGUACCUACUGCUACCCAGACAGACGCUGAGCAUCGGACAUCGGGCGCGGGGCGCUGCGGUGCGGGACGGGUAGGUGAAGUCAUGACGUCCACCAGUGAAAAUGUGCUGUUUGGAAUGGGGAAUCCUCUUCUUGACAUCUCUGCUGUGGUAGACAAAGAUUUCCUUGAUAAGUAUUCUCUGAAACCAAACGACCAGAUCUUGGCUGAAGACAAGCACAAGGAAUUGUUUGAUGAACUUGUAAAAAAAUUCAAAGUUGAAUAUCAUGCCGGUGGGUCCACGCAGAAUUCAAUGAAAGUGGCUCAGUGGAUGAUUCAGGAGCCACACAGAGCAGCAACAUUCUUCGGAUGCAUUGGGAUAGAUAAGUUCGGGGAGAUCCUGAAGAGCAAAGCCGCCGAAGCACACGUGGACGCCCAUUACUAUGAGCAGAACGAGCAGCCCACAGGAACAUGCGCUGCGUGCAUCACCGGUGGCAACCGGUCUCUUGUUGCUAACCUUGCUGCCGCCAAUUGUUAUAAGAAAGAAAAGCACCUUGAUCUGGAGAACAACUGGAUGUUGGUAGAGAAAGCCAGAGUUUACUACAUAGCUGGCUUCUUUCUCACCGUCUCCCCGGAGUCAGUGUUGAAAGUGGCUCGCUAUGCUGCCGAGAACAACAGGACCUUCACUCUGAACCUGUCUGCACCGUUCAUUAGCCAGUUCUUCAAGGAAGCCUUGAUGGAAGUCAUGCCUUAUGUUGACAUCCUCUUUGGAAAUGAGACGGAGGCUGCCACUUUUGCUAGAGAGCAAGGCUUUGAGACUAAAGACAUUAAAGAAAUAGCCAGAAAGACGCAGGCUCUUCCAAAGGUGAACUCGAAGAGGCAGAGGACCGUGAUCUUCACCCAAGGGAGAGAUGACACUAUAGUGGCUACAGAAAAUGAUGUCACUGCUUUCCCUGUCUUGGAUCAAAACCAGGAAGAGAUCGUUGAUACCAAUGGAGCUGGAGAUGCAUUUGUAGGAGGGUUUCUGUCUCAGCUGGUCUUCAACAAGCCUCUGACUGAAUGCAUCCGGGCCGGGCACUAUGCAGCGAGCGUCAUCAUUAGGCGAACUGGCUGUACUUUUCCUGAGAAGCCAAACUUCCACUGACGGAAGAAAAGCAACUCGGGCUGUGGAGUGGAGACUGCAGAGACCACGUCCUGAGCGUUCCUGCCAUGAGAAAGAAUAACAUUAUCUUCUGUCUUUGCCCACCAUGAUUCUCAUUAUUACUGUAGAGGGCUCAGUGCUACUCCUAGAACCUUUAGUCUCUCAAAAUCUGGGGAAAAAUGUUUAUUUCCAUAGUCUGUUAGUGCCUCUUAAAUGUCACACAGGAAUCCAACAUUGUGGUAGAAACUUUUAAGUUCCUUUUCAAUUGUUUAUAAAUUCAUCAGUAUUUAGUAAGUUGAUCUUUUUUUUUUUUAUAUUUCUGCUUCUAAUGCGGGUGCAAUUUAAUAUGAUAGACUUUUUAAAGAGAUUAAUGCUAACGUCAUUCUUGAGCUUUUUAUAUAAAUGUGUUUAAUUUGGAAGUGUGUGUGCACACACGUCAUAUAUAUUCCUGAUAAUUGUCAAAUAAGGUACAGAAACGUUGACGCACACCACAUUGCCCCGCAUAAGCUCUUCCGUGUGCUGCGGACACCCGGUGGACUUGGGACAGCUGACUAAUCCCAGCUUUGCGCUGUGCUCAGAUUGUAACCUCUGCCUACUCAUGGUACUCUGUAAUUUGAUACAAAUAAAAAACUGCCACAUAGGGA